AUGAAGCUCUCGUCGACGUGGGCUAUUGCCUGUCUGGCGGCUCAGGCUGCCGGUGCGGCUAUUAGCCAUUCGCUCAAUGGUUUUAGUAUCACUGAGCAUCCGGACCCUGUUAAGCGGGCCUUGUUGCAGAAAUUUGUCAGUUGGGAUGACAAGUCUUUGUUCGUCAAUGGCGAGAGGAUCAUGCUGUUUAGUGGUGAAAUUCACCCGUAUCGUCUGCCCGUACCAUCCCUGUGGAUUGAUGUCUUCCAGAAAGUGAAGGCCCUUGGUUUCAACUGUGUCUCUUUCUACAUUGACUGGGCCCUUCUGGAAGGCAAGCCAGGCUCCUACAGCGCCGAGGGUAUCUUCGAGCUCGAGCCAUUCUUCGAUGCUGCCAAGGAGGCAGGAAUCUAUCUCCUCGCUCGUCCCGGUCCCUAUAUCAACGCCGAAGUAUCUGGAGGUGGCUUCCCAGGUUGGUUGCAGCGUGUCAACGGAACUCUACGUACCAGUGAUGAGGCCUUCCUCAAAUCAACAGACAACUACAUGAAAAAUGUCUGUGCCACAAUUGCCAAGGGCCAAAUUACUAACGGCGGACCCAUCAUCCUCUUCCAGCCCGAGAAUGAAUACAGCGGUGCCGUUGGUAUUGAUAAUUUCCCCGAUGGUGCCUACAUGCAAUACGUCGAAGACCAGGCUCGCGAUGCCGGCGUUGUUGUUCCUCUUAUUAGCAACGAUGCCUGGGCUGGCGGCCACAAUGCCCCCGGGACUGGUGAAGGUGCCGUGGAUAUCUACGGCCACGAUAGCUAUCCCCUUGGCUUUGACUGCGCGAACCCUUCUACCUGGCCAUCGGGCAAUUUGCCCACUGAUUUCUAUACCACGCAUAUGAAGCAGAGUCCUUCGACCCCCUACUCUCUGAUCGAGUUCCAAGGUGGAGCAUUUGAUCCGUGGGGAGGUGUUGGGUUUACAAAGUGUGCUGCUCUCUUGAACCAUGAAUUUGAGAGGGUCUUCUACAAAAACAACCUCAGUUUCAGAGUUGCAUUCCUGAAUCUGUACAUGAUCUUCGGUGGUACCAACUGGGGUAACCUGGGACACCCAGGCGGCUACACAUCCUACGACUACGGCUCCCCAAUCUCAGAGUCUCGCAACAUCACUCGCGAGAAGUACAGUGAGCUCAAGUUGAUUGGAAACUUUGCCAGAGUGUCCCCGGCCUACCUGCUAUCUACACCAGGAAGCCUGACCACCUCGAAGUAUACCACCUCUUCCGAUCUGGCUGUGACUCCCCUGCUCGGAGGCAACAGCACAAAAUCCUCUUUCUUCGUUGUCAGACACAAUGACUACUCGAGCCAAGCUUCUGUCGACUAUAAGCUCAAGGUUCCCACCAGUGCCGGUCAAGUCACCAUUCCUCAACUAAGCGGAAGCCUUACCCUGAGUGGUCGUGAUUCCAAGGUUCACAUCGUCGACUAUGAUGUUGCGGGUACUAACAUCCUAUAUUCCUCCGCUGAGGUUUUCACUUGGACCAAGUCUGGCAAGUCGAAGAUCCUUGUGUUGUAUGGUGGACCCGGCGAGCACCACGAGCUGGCCGUCUCUUCCACCUCCAAGCCCUCUGUCAUUGAGGGCUCAUCUUCCAGCAUCACCACCAAGCAGGUGGGCAAGGCUCUUGUCAUUGGCUGGGACGUGUCUACCACCCGUCGCAUUGUGCAAGUUGGGGACUUGAAGAUUCUCCUCCUGGAUCGCAACUCUGCUUAUAACUAUUGGGUGCCUCAGCUCCCAUCUGAGGGUACUGCGCCUGGCUACAGCUCGCAGAAGACCGCUUCUUCGUCCCUUAUCGUCAAAGCCGGAUAUCUUGUGCGAACUGCUUAUGUGCAGGGAAGCGACCUCCACAUCACUGCCGAUUUCAACGCUACAACUCCCAUUGAGGUGAUUGGGGCUCCAUCCAAGGCUAAGAGCCUUGUAAUCAACGGCAAGAAGGCGCAAGUCACGGUCGAUAAGAACGGAAUCUGGUCCAGCAGUGUCAAGUACACCGCACCCAAGGUCCAGCUCCCAACUCUGAAGAACCUCAAGUGGAAGUCCAUUGAUACUCUUCCCGAGCUUCAAAACUCCUACGAUGACUCUACUUGGGUCUCUGCAGACCACACUUCCACCCCCAACACUGCGAAUGCCCUUAAGACGCCAACCUCACUGUUCGCCUCGGACUAUGGUUUCCACACUGGCUACCUCCUCUUCCGUGGUCACUUCACUGCCACUGGUGAAGAAAAGACUCUGUUCCUCAGGACCCAGGGUGGCACAGCGUUCGGCAGCUCCGUCUGGCUGAACCAAACUUACGUAGGAUCCUGGGGUGGAAUCUCCAUCAACGCCGAUAACAACGCCACAUACACUCUACCAACCCUGACCAAGGGUAAAUCAUAUGUGUUCACCGUAGUCAUCGACAACAUGGGCCUUGACGAGGAUUGGACCGUCGGCACGGAUGAUACCAAGGAUCCCCGAGGUAUCCUGGACUACAAGCUCUCGGGCCGAUCCGCCAGUGACAUCACCUGGAAGCUGACUGGUAACCUCGGCGGCGAAGACUAUCUCGACACUGUUCGCGGCCCGCUCAACGAGGGUGGUCUUUACGCCGAGCGUCAAGGUUUCCACCAGCCACAGCCACCAACGGACUGGAAAUCGGGUAGUCCGUUCGACGGUCUGUCCGCCCCUGGUAUCAAGUUUUACACUGCAAGCUUUGACUUGAAUAUCGAAAAGGGCUGGGAUGUUCCUUUGUACUUCAACUUUGGAAACUCGACCUCGACCUCGAAGGCGGCUGCGUAUCGCGCUCAGCUUUACGUCAAUGGGUACCAGUACGCUAAGUAUGUGAACAACAUUGGUCCCCAGACCAGCUUCCCGGUCCCUGAGGGUAUUCUCAAUUACCGGGGCACGAACUAUCUGGCCUUGAGUCUUUGGGCGCUUCAGAAUGACGGGGCUAAGUUGGAGAGUUUCGAUUUGGUCAACACUACUCCAGUGUUGACUGCUCUGAGUGAGGUUGAACAGGCUCCUCAACCCAAGUAUGAGAAGCGCAAGGGUGCUUAUUAG